AUGGAAAGCUCUAAGGCAAACGAUCUAUUCAUGGCCGAGGAAAACCGUGAAGGCGGCGAAGUCAUGGGUGUUUGUGAAGGGUAUGAGGGGUACACUGCUGAAGAGGAGAAGGCUGUCUUGCGCAAAAUUGAUAUGGUCAUUCUGCCUUUUGUGGAGCAAGGCACAGCAGCCAUCACCAGCAUCAAGAAACAGGACCCCUCAGCCAAUAUCGAUCUGAUAACAAUGGACCUCAUGGGCCUCACCAGCGUCGUCGCGGCCGCGAACCCCUUCCUCACUCUCGAAUCGGCCCUGCAUGGUCUGGUCAAAAACGCAGGCAUCACGGCGACGCCCUUCGAAACAACAAAUGAAAGCGACGAAGCUCAGUGGCAGACUAACUACCUCACUGGGUUUUAA